UCAUUGUUGAGAAAAGCACAGCAAAACAAGAGUUGAAAAACACGUUUUAAUUUGAAGGAUAAAUUCACUUUUAUUAUGGAAAAUAUCACAACUGUAAACGCGACUUUGAACGAAACAGCAAAAAAUACGACUGGACGAGCAGCUGCAACUACAGAAGGCCUUGUUGUGGCUUAUUCCAGCUUGAUUAUCAUGGCUGUUUUGCCAAUAUUUUUCGGGUCGUUUCGGUCAGUUUUGCACUACCGAAAGCAAAAGGUAAGAUCGUUAUGCCGUUAUAGUUACAUUUUUACCCAAAUUUAAACACUGAUUUGACUUGUAUUUCAAGAGUGUUUCAAACGGUGUGUUGUUUAAUACCGUGAAAUUUUGACUUUGUUUUUGUUGUGUGCUGUAUACUCUAGUAUAUUUUGGGAAGUGUCAGGUGUAUGUCAUACUGUUUAGUACACGUGUACUAAUUAUACAUAGUAUUUCCCUAUAUUUCCCAAAGUGAAAAUACUUUAUUUGAAGGAUUGUACUGUAUAAUAAUUGGGUUACUCUGUAAAAAGUGUGUCAAGUGCUAGGUUAUAUAAAAAUUUUUUAUGAAGUUUUAAAUAUGGUCUUUGUUUGAAGACAAGCAGCUCAGCAGCUGUUGUAUGCUGCAAUAUUGGUUAUAUAACAAGUAGAAGACCUUACAGGAAUCAGCUGCUCAUCUGCUACAUAUUUUCAACUAAUGAAAUGAGUCACAAAUGUUGUCCGCCAGCUUCAACCUCGUACCCACACGAGGUGCUGAUGCCAUAUUAUUUGAAAUCGACGAUCUGGAGUAACAUUAGAAAAUCACUAUCACAUUCUUUAUUAAAAUCUUAUUUGUUUACACCAGGGGCCAUUUGCUAGAAAGCCGGAUAGCUUAAUCCUAGGUUGACGGAAAACACCAUGAAGCUGUCUUCUCCAAAGAUUGUUUAUAAACAUGAAAAUAUUUUUCCAGGAAUCUUGUCAGGAUCAAUAAAUAUUUUAUUUUCUCUAUAAGGUUCGAAACCAAAUGAACAACUGGCCCCAGGUCUUUUAAGUCUUGGUAAUAAUAUGUUCCUGAUCAUGUAAAUAAAAAACAAGACACUUUUUGGGCAAGAAGGGCGCCCAAAUCUGCAGUUUUGGUAAUACAGUAUUAAUAUUAGGCCGCUCUGACGUAGUUGGAAUGUUUUUACUAUUGCAGGAAAAUGGUGAAAAACCAGACAGCAUGACACAUAAAGAUGCCAUGAUGUUUCCACUUGUUGCAAGUUGUGCCCUGUUAGGACUUUACAUUGUUUUUAAGGUAUCAUUGAAUAUGACAUAUUUAUCUUUAGUUAGUUAAAAGAUUUCUAUCCUUGGGUUUCAAUCAGGGGCAGUCAAGCCAGUCAUUGAACUGAGGUCAACUAAAACACCAAAGAAACAAAAUGACUGUCAAUGCAUCCUAUGUAAAUGAGUUCUCCGACUAUUAUCAAAGCUAGUAUAAAUGAUCUAAAAGUGACGAGCCGUCCUUUACCCUUGACACAGACCCUUGAACCCCAUGUGACCAUAUGAAACCCAAGAAUUGAAGUUGUUUGUAAUAAGGUAUCAGCAAUCAAUAUGAUAAUUGGCAGGCUUUUAGCCAGAAGGGCGUCCUGGGACACCCCUAGAACGAAAAAUGGACGCCCAAAUUCUGGGGGAAAGGGAAAUUAUUUUCAUCAAUUUCCCUAAGUAAAUUACUACUGUAUAUCUGAAACGAAAUAGCUUCAAUUCUCAUUAUUAUUAUAAUUUGAUAUCUUAACCCUUUAAUUAAGUGAUGUUUUAACCCAAUGUGCCCUGUUGCAACCUGUUUUUAAUUGUUAUUUUCCUCUCACUGUCUACACAAUGUUUGUGGAUAAUAAGUUAACCUAUUACACAGUUUAAUUAUUACCCAUAUUAUACAGUUUUAACAUAUGUUGAACAUUGUAUCUUACUUUUUUACAGCUUUUUAACAAAGAGUAUUUAAAUCUUCUAUUGGCUCUAUAUUUCUUUGUCUUGGGUGUUUUAGCCUUAACACAUUUGUUAAA